AUGGCUGCCGUCCCUCCUACUGCAGGGCAAGCUGCAGCUGUACCUAUUACCUCUACCACUGUUACUGUCGCCGCCGACGGUCCCAAGCCUCAGGCUCGUCCCAUCAAGGCUGUGAAGCCCAAGAGAAAAUGCUGCUGGAACGAGCCAGGCGGUCCCUGGCCUCGCAACGUUAUGCUCCAAGCUGCUACCUGCGCCGACAUGCACGAGAAGAUGAUGACCUUAAUUGUUGGAGAGGAGGAGGUCUCCUUCACCUGGUUCAAGGAUGUCCUCUCUUUCCACUCAUCCUUCUUCGCCGGUGCAAUCAGAGCCACUUGGUCAACAGAGGCCCAGGAGAACAUUGUCAGAAUGCCCGAGGACUCGCCCGACGUUGUUCGCGAAGUUGGCGGCCACGGUGCUGGCUCAGACAACCCCUCCAUCAGUCCCUGGGACUAUUGGGACUUGAUGGCUGAAUUCUACAUCUUCGGCAACAAGUACAGAAUCCCACGCAUUCAGAACGUUGCUGUCAACGAGAUGAUUGCCCUCUUCCACGAGCAGUUCGCCUUCCCUCGUACCUCUACCAUUGAGAAGAUCUACGAAUUCACCCCUCUCGGCGUCUCAAUUCGCAGACUCGUCACUGACAUUGUCGUACUGUCCCACGAGAAUGUCGAAGCCUUGAUUGAUGGCCAGUCCCGCUUCGGAGAUGGCUUCCACCCCGACUUCAUUCAAGACCUGUUCAAGCGUCUUUACAGAGCUGCGAGUCACGAGAAUGGCUUCCAGUCCCAACGCCUGACCCGCAAGCAAUGGGGUCUGGUCAGCCGUUGCCAGUAUCAUGUCUCUGAAGUUGGUGCUCGCUUGAAUGGUAAGAAGAUCCUUGAACGCUCUCGUGCCGAGAGUCUUCCUUAA